AUGACUGAGACAAAAACUCGAAAUUCGAUCAAUUUGAAAGGUUCCGCGCAACUCGUUAAAGAGUUUUUUCGUAAGUUUUCCCACGAAAAAUUCAUCUUGAAAUUGUUUUCCUACAGAUUUCGGUUUGAACAGUAUUUUGUAUCAACGUGCACUUUAUCCGGCCGAUAGUUUCAAACGCGAGAAAAAGUACGGAUUGACGUUGCUGGUGACACAUGAUAAGAAGUUGUUGGCGUUUUUGGAGCCACUUUUGCAGCAAGUUGAAUGUACGUGAAGAAUGGGCGGUUUUUGUCGGGGAAAUUCAGUUGAAUUUGCACCGGAAAACUUGUUCUAAUCUAAAUUAAGCUUUUGGUGCCGAAAAUCGCAGAUAAACUUCAUAUUUUCAAACUUGCCAUCAAUCGACAGAAAUACGUGAAAAAAUCAUCUAAUAAUUUUUUACACCUUUAUCACGAUCCCACUGUCAAAAAAUAAAAAGCUUCCGUCGAUUUUUGACUCCAAGACCAUGAAAAUUCUCAUUUUUCCACCCAAAAACUCACAAUUUUUCAGACUGGUUGGCGAAAAAGAAGCUGAAGCGAUUGGUGAUGGUGAUUUCUGAGGUGAAAACCAAAGAAGUUGUUGAGCGAUGGCAAUUUGAUAUUCAUACGGAAAAUGUCGAAGAAGAGGGGUAAGAAUUAUCGAUUAUCGCAUUUUUCAGUGCCGUCAAAACGUGGUGGGGAAAAAUUGAGAAAUGCCGAGAUUUUCAAAUUUAAAAUACUCAUAUAAUUGCCACGUCAUAGGUCACGUAAAUAGGGAAAGAAAACUGUUUUUGCUGAUUUUUAGAUUGAUUUUCGGCUGAAAUCCACGUGGCAACAACAAAUUCAAUGCAUUUUCGACACAAACAUUACAAUUUAUACUGUGAGAUGUGACGUAGCAAACUUCGAAAACUUGUAAUUUUACGAAGCUUCAAUAAUGAUUUUUAUGAGAUUCUGAUAGCACAACGUUAUUCAGAAAAAAAUUUGAAAAAAAGUUUCGAAACUGCAAUCAAGCCUAUCAAAUUUACAUCAAAAUCAUUUUUGAAUUCAGGAAAAACUUUUCCACGUCAUAACUCAUAUUACAGUUUUUGAUGAUGAUCAGCGAGUCGAAAACCACUAGAAAAAAUUGAUUUUAUCAAAAUUUUCUUCAAGAAAACUGCAACCGUUGUUGCCACGUGGAUUUUGUGAUGAAAAUUAAUGAACGCAAGCUUCCGCCACGUGGAAACUAUACUUAAAUUCCGCGGAAGCUUUUUCCGCUUCGCCCUACAGGGUGCGCCAUAAAUACGUGGACAGCUAUUAUUCAAUAUUAUUCUCAAAUUUUGAACAGUGUUUUGUAUAUCGUUUUCAAAAUACUUAAUUAGGUCCCUAACGAGUAAAUUGGAACCAAUAUCUCUUAAUCUGGUCGGUUCUGCGACCUGGGAAAUCAUGUAGAACUUUGGGGAAAAUUUCAUCACGGCACGCAGAACAACGAAAAAGUGACAUCGCUAUUUUUGAAUGGAAUUAUUUUUAUUGUGAAGGCUUUAUUCGAGUUGUAGAAUGUUUGAGGGGUUGUCUGAGAGUCCGAAGAAGCCAAGAACAAAUAUAACAUUGUCCACCAUGUCUCACACCAAGUUUGGGUGGAGAUUUUUGGAACAGUCUGCUUGAUUGGGAGAAAUCAUUGAUUUCCAUUGAUUUUGGGGUCAACAUCGGGAGUAAAGUUGAAAUAAAUGUAUUUCUGGACUAACAUAUGUACCUAAGAAAAAAACUCAACCUCGAUAACAAACAUCAAGUACUCCAGCCAAUCACAGUACACAAUAAAAGAUAAAAUCAGCACCAACCGCUGUUGAGAAACAGUUUUUUCGAUUUGAGAAACGUUUUUAAAUUGAUGUUAUUUUUGUCAGAAACGAACCCAUUGCAUUAUUCCUUUCAAAUUAGUUAUCGGAAAGGUUCUAGGUAAACCUCCAAUCAUGUAUUUUGACUAUACAGAACCUAGGUUUCAAGUAUUGGGACAAUAUGUCCCACAAAUGGCAGCGUGCCGAGGUGAAAUUUUCCCCGAAGUUCUAAAAGAUUUCCCAGGUCGCAGAACCGACCAGAUUAAGAGAUAUUGGUUCCAAUUUACUCGUUAGGGACCUAAUUAAGUAUUUUGAAAACGAUAUACAAAAAACUGUUCUAAAUUUGAAAAUAAUAUUGAAUAAUAGCUGUCCACGUAUUUAUGGCGCACCCUGUAAUAAAAAUCCCCUCUUGCUUCACCUUUCCACUUCAACUGAUACCUUUUCCCGUCCAUUUUUCCUGCUUUUUCUUCAAUUGCACUUGGCCAAAUGUCAGUUGCGCAAUCACACAGAGAACCGCGCAGCAACAAAUUAAUCCGCCCCUCUUGGAUUUUUUGAGCUCUAAAAAAAUAGCACUUGACUCAAAAUGAAUGAAAAACACAUUACACCUGUUGUAUUUGUGUGUUUGUUGAUUGGAUUUGUAAUUUAAUAGGAAGAGGUGUGAAAAAUUGGUGGAUUUUGGUCAAAAACUCGAUUUUUGACCAAAAAAUCUUGACUUUUCGAAGAUUUUUAGCCAAAAAUCGGUUUUCUCACUAAAUUUUAAUCCAAAACAUUAGAGAAAAAAGAAUUUUUAACCAAGAAAUCUUGUUUUCUGAAUUUCAGCCUGAUUUUUCUGAAAAACAAGAUCUUCAGCUCGAUUUUCAGCAAAAAAUUACCUGAAUUUGAUUUCUGAAAAUUAAAUCCCACGUGGAGUUUCAGAAAUUAAAUUCAGGUUCAUUUUUGCUGAAAAUAAAGCUGAAGGUCUUAUUUUUUUUUAGUAAAAAUCAGGCUGAAAUUCAGAUUUUCUAGAUUUUUUCUAGCCACGUGGCUUUUUUGCGGCAAAAAUUCAAUUUUCAAAAAAAAAACAUUAUUUUUUUCAGCGAAAAUGCUCAUCGCCAAAAGGACGAGAAGAAGAUUCGACAAGAGAUUUGCGAUGUUUUGAGGUAGAAUUUUUGGGGGAAAUUUGAAAAUUUGAAAAAUUUUCGACCUGAAUUCAAUUAAUUUCCUUUCAAAGAAUCCCCGCCUCGACUAGAAAAAAAUCAAAUUAUUUGCGAAUUUUUUGAGCACAUUUUUUGAGUCAGAUGGUGUGCACUUUUUGGCUCUUUUUUUGGAGAUAAUUGAGAGGGUGUAAUUAAUAUUUAUUUUUUGUAUGUAUGUCAACACAUUUGUUGGAUUAGUCAGCAGAAUUAGGAAGGAAGGAAGGAAGGAUUACGGUGGAUUUUGGCGCCAAAAAAUUGAAUUUUUCGUAGAAAAAUUAUUAAUUUUUUAUGAUUUUCACAUUAAAAUUCACUGAAAAAUAUUGAUUUUCAGCCUGAAACUGCUGUUUUAUAUGAAAAUCAUCGAAAAUCCCUCAUUUUUUCAGACAAAUCACAGCUUCUGUCUCAUUUUUGCCGUGUUUAGAAGAGCCCGUCUCAUUUGAUGUAUUGAUUUAUACCGGAAAAGACACGGAAGCACCAGAAGAUUGGACUGAAUCUGGAGCUUGUUUGAUCAAUAAUUCGGAAACUGUUCAACUUCGCUCGUUUUCGACAUCGGUUCAUUCGGUCAACACAAAUGUACAAUAUAAGGCGGAUUUUUAAGAUGAACAAGAGGAUGGUGCGUUUUUUUAGGGAAAAAUUGAUUAAUUUUGAGCUAAAAUUGACCGAAAAUCUGAUUUUUAACCUGAAAAUUAUGAAAAAUUAACUCUGGGGAGCUUUAUGGGAAAAAAAAUCCGAUUUUUCACAAAAGAAAAUGAAAUUCCUAAUUAAAUUUCCACUUUUAUACCUGAAACUCGUGAAACUUGAGCUAGAAUACGUUUUUUAGCCCAAAAUUUAAGUUCUACUUGAAAAAGGUGCUGUUUUGAGCCAAUACUAACCUGAAAUCUAAUUUUUGGCUGAAAUUUGAUGAAAAUGGAGUUUUAGCGUCGAAAUUGUCCCCUGGGACUUUUUUCAACCAAAAAUCAUGAUUCAUCAAAUUCAUGCUAGAAAACAAUUUUGAACCAAAAUUUGCCACGUGGAUUUUUUUUGGUGAAAAAAUGAUUGAAUUUUUGCUCAAAAACUACAGUAACCUCUCGAAAACCUCGUUUUUUUCCAGAAAGUACUAUCAACCUUGAAGCCCUUAAUCUGA